GCGUUAAUGAGUUUCUGGACGGGACGAUCUGUGACCGACUGAAAUAUUGUAAAUUUAGUGUGCUUUAUUUGUCGAAAUGGGAAAAGUUAAUUUUUAUGUCCUGUGGUCUCUGCGUGAGGUGCCCCGUCAGUUAAUAAGCAAGUGUAAUCGCCUCUACUAUCAAUCCCAACUGCCCUUGCCAUUGCCAAGACAGCUAAUCGUGUUUGGCCUGGGAGACUGGAAAUCAUACACCAGUGAUGCUAGCAUCUCGGUCGAGGUGUCUGUCAGUCCGGACAUUAAGCCGCAAAAGAUUGGACAGCUAACCUCUGACUCAAGAAGCAUCGUAUGGGAAGGCGACUGGAGGCUUGAUUUGCUUACUGCAGCAAUAGAACAAGCAGAGCUGGGGGUCUUUGGUAAAAUUAUGCUGACUGUCAAUGGACAGGUUAAAACCAGUUUUACCAGUAGUACUCCUGUGCCUUCUCGGAAACGUCUCAAUAUGGAUUGGCAGGUGAGCUCACGGCAGAUAGAUGCCACCGUGAUGUCUUUGACAAGUGGAAUCAGUCAUUUGCCUGUGACACUUGAUUAUGACAUGUCAGUGAAACCUGAUGUGCUGAAUGUGGCAAGUGAAGACCAGAGUGCGGCACAAGAUGACCCUCCUUUUAAAAAGAAAUGCAUGCUUCCAAACACCAUAGAAGAGGAGCAGCUAUUCUGCAGUCAGAAGAAUCCUCUGCAUAUCGCUCAUGAGUGGGUUAAGGAGAUACCGUUAGAUGCAGAGGUAAACAAGACCAAGCUUCAAGUGUGCCCAAAUCCAAGAUGGGGUCAAGCAAUGUGCCUCAGUGAUCCUGAAACUGCAGUUUUGAUUGGCGGAGAGGGACAAAAUGAGAAGCAUUGCACAGACUCGCUUUGGAAACUUGAGAUCGAAAAUGACUUUUGGUUUCCAAUGGACUCCUCUGCAUGUUUGUCCAUGCCACUGUCUUCUCGUGGACAUACAGCCACUUAUGACUCUGACUCAAAGCUCAUUUACAUUUUUGGUGGAAUACGAGAUGGGAAACGUUACAAUAACAUGUAUGUCCUCAACACUUUGACAUGGAAAUGGACUCCGAUAAAUGCUAAAGGCAAAGUGCCCACCCUGGCAUUUCACAGCGCUACAAUCUACAGAAAAGAGCUCUAUGUUUUCGGGGGUGUUUAUCCCAAGAACAUUCCAGAAGGUGAAGCUUGCAACAAUACGCUUUUCAUCUUUAACCCAGAAUAUGAGCUGUGGUACCAACCAAUUGUUGAAGGGGAUAGGCCCCUGCCUAGAUUUGGUCAUUCAGCUACUCUCCUGACAAACAAGCUGAUCAUUUUUGGAGGAAAGAAAAAUCAGGCCUACCUUAAUGACCUUCACAUAAUGGAUUUAGGUUUCAUGGAGUAUACAUCAGUACAGUACGCUAAUUUACCACCAGUCCCAAGAGGGUUUCAUGCUGCAGUACCAGUUUCUGACCAGAAACUCCUAAUAAGUGGAGGACGUAGUGCAAUCGGCACCUUGCAGGACAUACAUCUUUUUGAUUUAGCCAGCUGUAGUUGGACGGCCAUCCGCACCCCAGCUCUGUGCUCGGUGCCUCGGGCGGGACACAGCCUAAUCAACCUCAACACCACGCACCUCACCGACACGGAGAAGCAGAAGCAAACGCAGAAAGGUUUCUGCACCCUCUUGCUCUUUGGUGGUUCAGAUUGUGCUGGAAACUUCUACAGCGAUACUGUGAAAGCUGUAGUCGAAAUCUAACUGCAAAACACAGAUGACAUUUCUAUUUCCGAUUUAUUUCUGUGGGGUUGAGGUUUGAAUGUUUUUUUUUUUACAACAGAACUGGAAUAAUUUGUAAAACAGGAAUUAGCUUUAGGCUAAACUGUAUUGAUUGGUUUGCCAUAGCACUUUAUUUAAUGUUAGAUCACAUUAUUGAAAUGAAUGGUAUUCAUAAUCGUAAGUGUGGCACAGAUGAAGUAAACACAAUCAUGUUAUUUAAAAAUG